AUGGAUGAAGAUAAUAAGACAUUUUUCAGUGACUUCACCCUCACAGGGCUCUUCACUAACAAUAAAGCCUCUGGUUUCCUUUUCAGCAUCAUUUGUGCCAUCUUCUUCAUGGCCAUGAUAGCUAAUGGGGUCAUGAUCUUCCUGAUCCACAUGGACCCUCACCUCCACACCCCCAUGUACUUCCUGCUCAGCCACCUCUCUCUCAUUGACAUGAUGUACAUCUCCACCAUUGUUCCCAAGAUGCUGGUCGAUUAUCUCAGGGACAAGAGGACCAUUUCCUUCAUUGCCUGUACAGCCCAGUACUUCCUCUAUAUGGGCCUUGUAGGGGCUGAAUUUUUCCUGCUGGGACUCAUGGCCUAUGACCGAUACGUGGCCAUCUGCAAUCCCCUCCGCUAUUCUGCUCUCAUGAGCCCUCGGAUCUGUUGGAUAAUCUUGGCCACGUCCUAUACCAGGGUUCUCACCACAGUGCACCAGAUGAAGUCAGCAGAAGGGAAGAAGAAGGCCUUUGCCACCUGCUCCUCACACAUGAUGGUGGUGAUGUUGUUCUGUGGGGCCGCCCUGUACACAUACAUGCUUCCCCAAUCAUACCACACCCCAAUCAAAGACAAAGUCUUCUCUGCCUUCUACACUAUCCUCACUCCCUUGCUAAACCCUCUCAUCUAUAGCCUGAGAAACAGAGAUGUGACUGGGGCCUUUAGGAGGGUUUUGGCAAGAUGUCAAGGGCCCUGCGGUGGGACA